GGAAAAUUUACUAUUCCAUGUAAAACGGUGGUUGUUAAUAAUAUUAACAAUAAAUUUAACAUCUGAUGUGCAUUUAGCAGAGUUGAAUAACGAUGAAAAAAUAUCAACUAAAUUAUUUACAGAUAAUUUUUUUUAUGAACACCGCGAAUAUGUACGAGUAAUAUCUGUUACUAAACAUAUGGGACUAAGUUUGGAAAGAAUGAUACAUUUACCUCGUGACAACAAUACUGUAAAAAAUCUACGAGUAUUGUUCAAUUAUCUUCUCAGUGGUUUCAAAUUUCUUGAUGAUUUCACCAAAAAUAAUAAUGUCGAUGUUGCAUUUAUGGAUCAAUUAUUAUUAACAUCGAAAUACAAUCAAACGACUGUUAUAUUUUACCAAAUAUUAAAAAAUAUCGAAAUGAUAUUUGACAGUAAAUUUGUCAAUAUUUGGCAAUCUUAUGAUGACAACAUUUCUGAAGAUAUAUAUAGUUUUCUCAAUGAUACAGUUUUCGAUCCGGAUUUCCGUAACAGAAUAACACUGACAGAUUUUUGUCAUCCACCGAACAGAGUCGAUUUGAUGACGAAUGGAAAAAUUAAUAAAAAUAUAUUCCAAAUGUAUUUUGAGACUUUGCAAAAUAACUUCAAUUUGAAUAAUAUUUGUGAAAUUUCCGUGACCAAAUUAAUAGUUGAUUUUUACGAACGAAUUUUAAUUGAUGUUCUCAAAGGAUAUACAAUGAUUACAAUAGGUUGGGAACUUUUUCGUGGACGGGAACAUGGUUACACUAUAAAAGAUGUCCAAGAUUCAUUUUUUAAUAAAUAUCUGAAUACAACAAAAAACAUUUUAUAUUCUGUAAAUAAAUUAAACGUACUAAUAACUCUACAGCAUAAAAUGUAUAAAAAAUGUGAUCCAGAUUAUUGGACAGAAGGAAACAAUUACAUUCGUGUCAAAAAUUAUGUGUCAGACCACGCAAUUUUCGUAGGGAAGAAAGACCGUAAUUUCAAUAUACUUAAAAAUAGGGGUCAAGAGUAUGAAUGCGACAGUUUUUCAGUGCAUUCUGACUUGAGAUCUGAAUCUAUAGAGAGUAUGCGAUGCCCAGAGAUUUUUGAAACGAAUCCUCCUCAUAACAAUCUGUUUUGUUCGGAUGUAGUAGAUGAUGAACUCAAAAUUUCCGAUCAUAAUUAUUCGAAGUGGGAUGUCGCGUGUUACGUCAGAACAACACAUAAUACCGUUUUCAAAUCAUUUUGUUACUGUGACAAACAUUCCAAUAAACAUUUAAGUAUUCGAACUUUAAGUUUGAGAGAAUAUCGCACUGACACCACGGAUAGUCGAGUUGUCACGGGGAUAAGAUUUGCUGUCAAAGAUAAUAUAAUUUCGAUAGACAUCCAGGAGGGCAAGUUGGUUAAUAGUACUGUGGAUCGCAAUACUGUUCAAUGGGUCCCCGGUAAUGGCUACCCUCCGUCGAAAGGACCUGAUAAGAUAAAACUCAGUUUUUAUGUAAAAUCAUUCAAUCUAGACGACAUUGAACUACCAGACGGCUAUUUUGUCACAGGUGUUAAAUUUGAAUUGCUCGAUGACAAUCACAUAACGUUGGUAGUAAGAGGAACAAAAAUGUGGGAAGAGUGUCAAUCUUGGCAGUCAUCAAAUCAUCACUGGUUCUAUCCCAUCACUGCACCCCACGAUCCCAGAGAAAAAAUAGACAUCAAGGAUUAUAUACAUCCGGCCGAAUUAGACACUGGUAAUGUUGUACUGAGUCGUUCAGGAUCGAACUAUGUCGAUUUAUCGGUGGGUCUCUUGUCAUAUAAAUAUAAUAACUUGCCAGUAAUUCCCUUUUUCGACUCACAAAGUGUCGAGUCGAACCCGCCGUCUCCACUGGGUGGAUUAGCAUUGACUUACAAAGGACAGAUUAGUUUCGGUGGAUUUUUUGCUUUCCAAUUAAUUCAUUCUAAAUAUACAAUCAACAUAUUUUCGGAGAUGACUUGCUACAACAAUUUAUAAAAUAGAUACCUAUCGCCGAAUACUGAAUCAUAUCAAUAAUAAGUCAGAGUCAUAAAAUUUAUCAAACAUUAAAUGUAUUGCUUUAAAAAAAUUGAAAAUAAAUUUAAUUCUGAUGAUGUGUUAAUAAUUUAAAAAUAAACGUUAGUUCUGCUUCUAACAAGUUCACUUUAUUUCUCCUGUCCACGUUCGAAAUUGCUACCAUUAAUGAUUGGAAAAAAACAAAGUCAUUAAAUCUUGGACUGAUCACCUUCACUCCAAUCAAUUGUAAGAUUUUAAAAAUACAAUUCUGACAAUAGCAGCGAUGAUUACUUUUUGAUGACUUUAUAUGUUGUUUCAAUCGUUCUCAUAUUAGUUAUAUCGAAUAAAAUUUUACAAAUUUAUUGUGAGUUAAUUCGACAUAAAGGAGAGACGGAUUUAUGUAAAUAUGAGUUGGAAGAAUUUAUUGUACGAUAUCAA